AUGAAGACGCAAACAACGCGAAUAUUUACUUUAGAAUCUUCACGACUAAAUACGCCACUAUUUCUACUGUUCUUGAUAUUUCUGUUAUGGCCUUUAAUAUUCACGCAAGUGACAAGCACAGUGGAAGCUAGUGAACCAGCAUUGGAAAUUGACGAAGAAUUUGCGAGCGUAAGUUGUGGGUCAGCAAUAAAAUUGACCCAUGAAGUCUCCUCAUAUAAGCUUCAUUCACACAGUGUCUCUUAUGGCACCGGUUCUGGUCAACAAAGUGUCACUGGACUGCCUAACGCUGAUGAUCCUAAUUCUUUAUGGCAAAUUCACGCGGCUCUCGGGGAACAAUGUUUACGAGGACAAACGAUUCCAUGUAAUUCAAUCAUUCGUCUCAAGCAUGUCGAUACGGGUCGAUUCCUUCAUAGUCAUCUUCAUCAGUCACCUCUUUCACAACAGCAAGAAGUUAGCGCGUACGAUGGUCAAGAUCAUG